AUGGCGGGCAGGGUGGCGGGUCGGGGCGGGAGGCCGCUGCUGGGCGGCGGCGGCGGCGGGGGAGGGGGCGGGAGGCGCGGGAAGCCGUCCAAGGCGAUCCUGGCGGCGCUGCUGCUGGCCUCGGCGGCGCUGCUGCUCCUGCUGGCGCUCGGCGCGCUCUCGCUGCCCGCCGGCUCCGACGGCGCGGGCGGCGGCGGCGCCGUGCUCUCGCUCCACCGCCCGCGCAUCCGCAGAUCCGCCUCCGAGUCGAUACUGAAGAAGCACGGCGAGAAAGGGGAGCCCUGGACGGAGGUGCUGUCGUGGGAGCCGCGGGCGUUCGUCUACCACAACUUCCUCUCCAAGGAAGAGUGCGAGCAUUUGAUUUCAUUGGCAAAGCCUCACAUGAAGAAGUCGACAGUCGUUGAUUCGGCAACUGGAGGGAGUAAAGAUAGCAGGGUGAGAACGAGUUCAGGAACGUUUCUUAGAAGAGGCCAGGACAAGAUUGUCCGCGCCAUUGAGAAAAGAAUAUCAGAUUUCACCUUCGUACCUGUAGAGAAUGGAGAGGGCCUUCAAGUUCUCCACUAUGAAGUUGGACAGAAGUAUGAACCUCACUUUGAUUACUUCCAUGAUGAUGUCAACACCAAAAAUGGGGGACAGCGUAUAGCAACUCUUCUUAUGUAUCUUUCGGAUGUUGAAGAGGGUGGCGAGACUGUAUUUCCUUCUGCUAAAGUCAAUAGCAGCUCAAUUCCAGAUUAUGAUAAGCUGUCGGAAUGUGCAAAGAGGGGUAUAUCUGUCAAGCCGAAGAUGGGAGAUGCCUUGCUUUUCUGGAGCAUGAUGCCUGAUGGUACCCUGGAUCCGGCAAGUCUCCAUGGUGGAUGUGCAGUGAUUAAAGGUGACAAAUGGUCAUCUACGAAAUGGAUUCGUGUUCAUGAGUACAAAGUUUAGGCAUAACAAUACCAGCACUUAAGUUAUUUGCAGGUUAUGCACCAAUUCUUGAAUUUCUGGACGUUAUAGCACAUGAUGAGCACUUCAGUUUUCCAUAGAGGAUGGCUUACAUUUUUUUUUCUAGCUUAACCAAAGGCUUGGCCUUGGUAGCUUUGUUGUACAUUAACUUCUUAACUAGGCUUAUGAACUAUGAUCAUUCAGAGAAGAUGUAUUUGUUGAGUGUAUAAAUAAUAUAUAAUUGCCCUGCUAAUGCAAAUCGAUAUUUAGUA